AAGCAGAAUCAGGUUUACAAAUCAGAACUGGUGCCGCUAGUUCCAUGUUCGGCAUUUGUAUUAUUUGGGGUGAGUAUGAUGAUUUUCUAGACAGUAAAUUAAGACCUUUACGCAGUGAAGUAAAAAGAUUAAAAGAAGGAGUGAGUAAAGAACAGUACAAAUAUUACGAAGAAAUAAAACUUUUGAAAUUAGAACAAAAGCAAAUUGAGGCACGAAUGAAGGAGAAUAAGAGAAAGGCUCAGUCAGAAAAAGACCCCGCAAAGAAAGCCCUUCUUUUACAACUAAUCGAAGAUGACGGAAAGAAGUUAGAGGAAAAUUUAAAAAAGCAAAAGGCAAUCCCUACUGCUAAUUUAAAGUUUGACCCCGACAAAUAUGUAGAAGAUUUAAUUGAAGGUCUGAAAAAAGCCAUUGAAAAAGGUGGUAAAAGCGAUGAUAAUGGUGGGGGCAUUAGUGGAAGAAACAAAAAUAAAAAAGAGGAAAGUGAUAGCGAGAGUGAAGAGGAUAAUAAUAGUUCGAGUAAUAGAAAAAAUGGUUCUAACUCCCGAAAAGAGAAAAAAUCCAAAAAUAAAUCCCCCAACUGA